AUGUAUAUUGAGGAACUGAAGGAAGAUAUAGAGAGUGAGGGGAAGCAGCAAUUGUGUGGUGAUCUCUGUCAAAGCCAUCUUGUUGCUUGGGAUCUGAAAAGGGUUUUGGUUGGCGCUGGGGCUCGUGCACUUUUUUAUCCGACACUGUUGUAUAAUGUUGUGAGAAACAAGAUACAAUCCGAGUUCCGUUGGUGGGAUAGGGUUGAUGAGUUUGUUUUGUUAGGAGCUGUUCCAUUUCCCACUGAUGUUCUGCGCUUGAAGGCUCUUGGUGUAGGCGGAGUUGUUACCUUGAAUGAACCAUAUGAGACUUUGGUUCCAGCAUCAUUAUAUCAUGAUCACAAUAUUGAACACUUGGUGAUUCCUACUAGAGAUUAUCUUUUUGCUCCAUCAUAUGGGGACAUUUACCGAGCUGUUGAAUUCAUCCAUGGUAAUGCACUUUUUGGAAAAACUACAUAUGUUCACUGUAAAGCUGGCCGAGGCCGCAGCACUACGAUUGUCAUCUGUUACCUGGUUAAGUACAAUCAGAUGAUCCCUGAGGCUGCAUACGAAUACGUGAGGUCCAUUAGGCCAAGGGUGCUGUUGGCCUCUUCCCAGUGGCAGGCUGUACAAAAUUUUUAUCACAGAUCAAAGAAACUUGAGAAUAACAUGGAUAAUUCAUCAAAUACAAUACUAGGUUUCCCUGCAAAAGAGAACCUAGAAGACCUUGAUGAUGGCUCUAUGGUGUUAGUAACUGAAUCAGACCUUGAAGGAUACGAGGAAAUAUCCAAUUCUGGCAAAACAGGCGAGAACAUUCUGGCUGAAGUGAACUUUGCCUGCAGGGUACAGUUUGCUAGUCAGGCAGCUAUUGCUCGGCUUUCAUGCUUGUGGCUUCGUAGCCAUGCAGGACAGAAAGUGUUGAGGAGCAGUCAGUUGAGAAGUAUGGGUGUUGAUUUAAAGAUUUCAGGUCGUAUCCCAGCCGUCUCCAUAAACUGCACCACCUCCGAUCAACCAGGUGCAGCUCCUCCAAGUCUGGUUGUCUGUUCUACCAAGUUUGAGCCUUUCGAGGAAGAAGGAGUGACUGUAAAUGAGUCUCCUGUUGUGUCCAUUGCCCGAAAAGGUUACCUUUCAGCAGUUUUAGCUGGUGCCGAGUCCAAACAAAUGGUUUAUCGUUUUAUUGAAGAUCACGCUCGAUGA